CUCUGUUCAUGAUUUUCAUCAUCCAUAUUUGUAAAAUUUACAUUUUCACUUCUAAUUUAGCUUAAAUUCUGUUAGUUAGUCAUUCCCUUGACAAAUGUGGUCAGAAGUGGUCUAAGUGAAGAUGUUCCAUUAUGUGGCAAACACCUUAGGUUACAAAUGCAACUUUUGCUUCUCUUUGCAAAGGCACUGAGACGUGAAUUAAAGGAGAAAGAAUAUUCUGUCUUGAAUGCUGUAGACCAAGCUCGAGUUUUUCUUGCUGAUCAGCCAAUUGAGGCCCCUGAAGAACCAAGAAGAAACCUACAAUCAAAAACAGAAUUGACUCCUGAGGAACGAGCCCAAAAGAUUGCCAAAGCCAUGCGCAAACAAUCUUCUGAAGUCAAAGAGAAGUGGGAAAGUCUAAAUGCUGUCACUAGCAAUUGGCAAAAGCAAGUGGACAAGGCGUUGGAGAAGCUCAGAGACCUGCAGGGAGCCAUGGACGACCUGGAUGCUGAUAUGAAGGAGGCAGAGGCCGUGCGGAAUGGCUGGAAACCCGUGGGAGACCUACUCAUCGACUCGCUGCAGGAUCACAUCGAAAAAACCAUGGUCAGCAUCACUGCCUAA